AUGGGACUCGUCUUCCAUGUCAACGGCGCACCCAUCGGCGCGCUCGCCGUACUCGUCGCCGUCUUCUCAUUCCUCUUCGGAUAUGACACGGGUCAGAUCUCCGACUUUCUGCAGAUGAACGACUUCAAGCGUCGCUUCGCAAGCUGUCCCGACCUUAACGCCCUCGACACAUGCGAGUUCUCCAACGUCCGCUCCGGCCUCAUCGUCUCCCUCCUCUCUAUCGGCACUCUCUUCGGCGCACUUUUUGGCGCAGCGAUUGCCGACCGUCUCGGCCGUAAGAAGGCCAUUGUCGUGGACAACAUCGUCCUCAUCAUCGGCGUCGUCGUCCAGAUUUCCUCCGUUUCGGCUUGGUACCAAUUCAUGAUCGGCCGCAUCAUCGCCGGUCUCGGAGUCGGCGCUCUCUCAGCCGUCGUCCCGCUCUACCAGUCCGAGAUCGCGCCGAAGGAGAUUCGCGGAACCCUCGUCUGCACAUAUCAGCUCAUGAUCACCGCUGGUAUCCUCGUCGCAUACUGCAUCUCCAUCGGUACUCGUCACAUCGAGCAGAACGGCGCCGAAUGGCGCAUCCCGAACGGCUUGACCAUGUUCUUCUCCCUCUUCCUCAUGAUCGGCAUCCUCUUCGCGCCCGAGUCUCCCCGCUGGCUCUUCGGCGAAGGCCGCUACGACGACGCCGAGCGCUCGCUCGCCCGUAUCCGUGGAGUCAAGGUUGAGGACAACGACUACAGCGUUCGACAGACGUACGAGGAAAUGAAGUUGGCAGUCGAGCACGAGGCGCGCAUGGAUAAGUUCCGCUGGAUCGACUGCUUCCGCCCGCGCGACAAGAUGCUGUACCGCACCGUUAUGCUUGCGGUUCUCCAAGCCGGACAGCAGUUGACAGGCGCCAACUACUUCUUCUACUACGGCACAACGGUCUUCCAGUCCGUUGGCAACGUCGACCCGUUCGUCUCGCAAAUCAUCCUCGGCGCCGUCAAUUUUGGCUGCACUUUCCUCGGUCUGUACAUUAUGGAGCGCUUCGGUCGUCGCUGGCCGCUCAUCAUCGGCGGUCUCUGGCAAAGUGCCUGGCUCUUCGUGUACGCCGCGGCAGGAACCGCGAAGGACCCGACAGAGAACAAGAGCAUCGGCACUCUCCUCAUCGUCUCUUCAUGCCUCUUCAUCCUCGGCUAUGCUUCCACGGUGCUCUCGCGACCUCGAGCAACUGGAUCCCUCAUCGCCUUCUUCACUCCCUUCAUCACGGGCUCCAUCGGCUUCUCCUACGGCUUCGUCUUCGCGGGCUGCAACCUUUUCAACGCCCUCUUCGCCUACUUCUUCCUCUACGAAUCGGCCGGUCUCUCCCUUGAGAGCGUCGACCGCAUGUACAAUGACCCGAACAUCAAGCCCUGGAACAGCCACAAGUGGGUGCCGCCCGGCGCGGAGUCCCGCCACGACUACAUCCAGGGCCUGCAAGCGGAACGCAAGACCGGCGGCGAGAAGCCAGUCCACCGCGAGCUCGCGGACGAUGGCUCGAGCCACGACGGCACGGUCGUCGGAUCCGAGAACCCCGCCAAGCUCGGCAAGCACGGUCGUAAGCCGGCGGUGCACUAG